UAUAACACCAGCACUGAAAUACAGUAACGUUCAAACAGAGACGUAUACGUACUCCUUCAUUCGGACUCAAAAGGAGCUACAGGAGCGAAGACAGCGCUGGACCUCACUCUAGGAGCAGCCGAUCUCUCAGGGCCGAUUCCUCUGCUUUAACCAUCCAAACUCAGUAACUCAGCCGCUGCUGGGGGACACACACUCGGGCCUGCAGGUGGAGGGGAUGUCUGUGUCUCUGUGGUGUGAGGAGGAGGAUGUCCAGCCCGUUGGUCAGAGAGAAUCAGUCUCGGUCCGAGCCCCCCGGGACCCCCAUGCAUCAGGACUGAGGGUCAUCCACGGCCUGCUGCACUCACAGGACAGAUACCUCCCCUCCUCGCUGUACACCUCACUCAUCCAGAGAGACCCCAAACGCAGAGAAGAGCUGGCCAAGUGGACACUGGAGGUGUGCUGUGACUGUGGUUGUGAUGAGUCCGUGUUCCCGCUGGCCGUCUCUCUGCUGGACCGUUAUCUGUCCGCCACUUUCUCUCUGCCCUCCUCUCCGUACUGUCUGGCCGCAGCCUGCAUCCUGGUGUCCUCUAAGCUGGUGGAGAGCGAUCCGGUCAGUGCGGACACUCUGUGUGCUGCAGCGGAGUACGAGUUCCUGACCUCCAGCCUCAGGGAGAUGGAGCGCGUGGUCCUGGGCACUCUGAGGUGGGACGUGGCUGCAGUGACCCCUCAGGACUUCAUCCCUCACUUGCUGUCGUGUCUGGAGGAGCUGGAGGGAGACGAUGCAGACAGGGACUUCAUCUCGACCCUCAGACGUCACAGUGACACUCUGGUGGCCUUGUGUGUUUGUGACUCCCGCUUUCUGGGCACGCCAGCCUCUCUGGUGGCCGCAGCGGCGGUCAACUCAGCCAUCCGGGGCCUGGAAGAGAAAAGCCGGAGAGAAACGAGUCACCUGACCUCCACACUGGCCAUGCUGUGUCAGACUGAUGUGGCUGUGCUGCAGUGCUACAGUGAGCUGAUAGAGGACGCUCUCAGGGAACGACUGAGAAACAGCGGAGAGGAAGAGGAGAAGGACGGAGGGAUGGAGGAUGAAAGGUCCAGCACACCAACCGACCUGAGAGAGAUAGACUUUUAACACACAGGAAUAAAGGAGCCAUUUAAAGUUGAACUGCAGUCUUGCUGUUAGUUAUCAGUGAAACUGAUGUAAACCUGCUUUUAUGAAUGCUGUCUUAUCAA